AUGAGCAAACAGUCAGGUGGAAGAGACAACAUUGGGUAUAUCAGACAAGAUAAGAAGAAUUAUCUUCGAACAAAACGUGAACGUGACUUAUCUUAUGGUGAAGCCGGUUGUUUGUUGAUGUACUUUGAAAAACAAACUAGGAAAAAUCCUUCUUUUACAUAUGUGUUGCAAUUGGAUAAGGAGGAGCAGAUAACAAAUAUAUUUUGGGCAGAUCCAAAAAUGUUAAUAGACUAUGUCCAUUUUGGUGAUGUUGUUAGCUUCGAUACAACAUUUUGCACCAACAAAGAAUAUAGGCCAUUCGGUGUAUUUGCUGGAUUUAAUCACCAUAGAUGUAUAUGUAUUUUUGGGGCUGCUUUGUUAUAUGAUGAAACUUCAGAAUCUUUCAGAUGGUUGUUUGAGGCUUUCAUGAAAGUCUAUGGGCAAAAGAAACCAUUAACCAUUUUUACUGAUCAAGAUGCCGCAAUUGGAAAUGCGAUAUCUGAAGUAUUUCCAGAUACAUGGCAUGGUCUGUGUACCUGGCACAUAAUGCAGAAUGGCAUCAAGCUUUCAGGAAAUUUGAUGAAGGAUGGGUCAUUUUUUCUAAAGGAAUUUAAAACUUGUAUGUAUCACUAUGAGGGAGUACUAGAGUUUGAAAAUGCAUGGGAUAAAUUACUUAGUGAUUAUCAAGUUAAAGAUUCUUCAUGGUUAAAUCGUAUUUAUGAGCUUAAAGAGAAAUGGGCUAAGUGUUAUAUGAAGAAUAUUUUCACCCUAGGUAUUCGCAGUACACAACUCAGUGAGAGUUUGAAUGGAGACCUGAAGGAUUAUUUAAAAUCCAGUUUGAAUCUUGUGCAGUUUUUUAAACACUUUGAGAGGGUGGUGAAUAAUAAGCGUUACAAUGAGUUGAAAGAGGAAUUUGAUGCAAGAAAUAAAACUUCAAGAAAUAUCUUUCCCAUGUCACCCAUUAUGCUCCAAGCAUUACAAGUUUACACUCCUGUAAUAUUUAAAGAAUUUCAGGAUGAGUAUAUAUGGAUUACUGCUUGUUUCAUCAAAUUUCGAAUUGAGAGUGUUGUCAUUCAUGACUACAUAGUUUCUAUUGUUAACAGAGAAGGAGAUUUUAAUGUCAAGUGUAAUCCAGUUGGACCCACUAUUACUUGUAGUUGUAGAAAGUUUGAGACAUAUGGCAUUCUGUGUUGUCAUGCUUUGAAAAUAUUUGAUGUGCUUGAUAUUAAAUUCAUUCCUGCAAAUUAUCUGUUAAAGAGAUGGGCACAGGGAGCAAGGAACAUGAUAGUGGAAAGUGUUGAAGGAACCGGAGUUGAAGAAGAUGUUAACUUGGAUUGUACACAACGUUACAGGCUUUUUUGUCCUAAAUUAGUGAGGAUAGUAUCAGAAGCAUCAAAUUCAUCUGAUGAUUAUGCAUUGGUUGACAGAGUUGCUAAUGAUUUGUGUGCACAGCUUCAAAAUCUUGGAGUCGCUGCCCCAUCUAGAAAUCCAUCAAGUGAGUAUACUGAUGUCAACAUAGGGUUUAAGAAAAAAUCACCUCGUAAAGGUGGAAAGUGCUAUAAGAGUUGGGUAGAGAAGCAAGGAAAAACAAAGAAAACAGGAAAAACAAAUACUCCAGAUCUUCACAUUUAA